CUCUAGCUUAAACAAGAUGGCUGCUUUAGUAAAUGAGCUUGGUUGCAUCAAUUUAUUUAUAAGAAGCAGCAUGGGAGAGGCAACUGCUGAUUUAGAUUUACAGUCUGAUGAGUUUAAAGAAUUUUCAAAUUCUGAAGAUGUGAAGCCACUUCUAUCUACAGUAUUUUCAUCUUCUUCUGGCAUAAAAACAGAAUUAUCAUUUUUAACUUUCCCUGAUAUCAAACCAAACUUGACAUUUAUAGCUUCACAGGAUGAUAAAACCGUUGUUACGCCAGAUUUUUCAUCUUCUACAGACACAAAGUCAGAAUGUACAUCAUUUUCCUCUUUUGAUGAUGUAAAACACCAUAUGACAUUUCUAACAUCUCAAGAUAAAACAACAGCAUUUUUAAUUUUUAAAGAUAUGGAACCUGCUGUAUCAGCAGUAUGUACAAGAUCUGAAGAUAUAAAACCAGAAUUAGAAAAUAAAUCAACUAGUGAAGAUCUAAAACGAGAAUUAGAAACUUUAUCAACUAGCGAAGAUAUAAUACCAGAAUUAGAAACUUUAUCAACCAACAAAGAUUUAAAACCAGAUUUAUGGACAAAAUUUUUAGAUUCUGAGGACAAAAAACAAAAUGGACUUGAAGAAAAGCUAAAACUCCCUGAAGAUGAAACAUAUCUGUCUGUUGAUCCUCAUAAUUGUCAUGAACAGUUUUUUCAAAGAUCUAACUUGAAUAAACAAGCUCAACCAACUUUAUAUCCUAUUUCUUCUCAAGCAACCAGCUUUAUAUCCUAUAACUUCUCAUCCAACCAGCUUUAUGUCCUACAAAUUCUCAUCCAAACAGCUUUAUAUCCUAUAACUUCUCAAUCAACCAGCUUUAUGUCCGAUAUCUUUUCAUCCAACCAGCUUUAUGUCCUAUAA